CUACUUCUUCCUCUGGAUUGUUUUCCCUGAUCAGCUGUUGUGAGGAUGAUGACGCAACUUCCGGUUGCACACCCGACAUUACAACAACAAGGGAACUGGGACGAAGAGACGACGGUAACACAGCCAGGAAAUCAAAGAACUCACAACUGAAGAAUUCCCAUCAAUUAAGUUGGAAACUACCAACUUCUGGUACGGAGAUGUUGUAGAUGGAAACCCCCUCCCUCUUAUCGCUGGGAAAGUUUUAGGCGGGUUUUAGCUGAGCCCAGUAUGGAGAGGAUUUGAAGUCCCUUCCUCCUCAGGUCAGUCCUGAGUUGCAACACUAAGCUCAGGUUCUUCAGAGCCCGGCCUGCUAGUAAUAUGAGCCAUGGACUCCUGGGCAGUUGAUAGUCCUGUGACCCUGGUCCUCAAGGCCCCCAACCAGAAGUAUGAAGACCAGACCAUAAACUGCUUCCUCAACUGGACCGUGGAGAGGCUGAAGAGUCACAUCACCAAAGUGUACCCCAGCAAGCCGCUGUCCAAAGAUCAGCGGCUGGUCUACUCAGGGAGACUCCUGCAAGACCACCUGCAGCUCAAAGACGUGCUCAGAAAGCAGGAUGAAUACCACAUGAUGCACCUGGUGUGUGCCUCUCACAGCCCCCCCGCCUCGCCCUCACCCCGUAGCCCCUCCAUGGCCAACUCUUCUGCUCCUGACUCCAGCAGUUCAGACAGUGCCGGCUCUGCCUCCCCUGCCAAUCAGCCCGCCUCUUCCUCCUCUUCUUCUUCUGCCCCAGGAAGUUACGACGGCCUGAGGUAUCGCGGGGGCGUCCCCCAGUACAACCCUCAGAGCCCCGCUGGAGUCCCUCAGUGGCCUGAUGGAACGCAGGUCCCGUUACAGGGCGACCUCCCCGCCAACAUGCCCCCCCACCCCAUGUACAUGCCCAUGCAGAUGCUCUGGUGGCAGCAGAUGUACGCACGCCACUACUACAUGCAAUAUCAAGCAGCAGUAGCCGCCUCCCAACCUCCCAGCACCCCCCCUCCCUCCUCCCCCUCCUCCUCACCCCAUCAGCCGGCCCAGCCAAACGAGGCCGUUCAGCCGCCGCCGCCGCUGGGACCCAACCCUGCCCCUAACCCGCUACCCGAGAACCAGCCGGCCAACCCCAACAUCCAGAUGAACGCGCAGGGCGGCGCGGUGAUGAACGACGACGAGCUGAACCGCGAUUGGCUAGACUGGCUGUACACGGUGUCCCGCGCCGGCGUGCUGCUCAGCAUCGUCUACUUCUACUCGUCCUUCAGCCGCUUCGUCAUGGUGGUGGGCGCCAUGCUGCUCGUCUACCUGCAUCAGGCUGGUUGGUUUCCUUUCAGGCCGGAUCAGCAGAACCUCGGAGGAGCAGGAGGAGGAGGAGGAGAAGCAGCUCCACCUCGAGAGGAAGCAGAGAGACACCAAGACAUACAGGAAAUGGAGCGUCUGAUGGACGAGGGGCUGGAGGACGAGGACAGCGGGGAGGAGGGGGGAGGAGGCGCAGAGGACCAGGCCGCUGCUGCUCCCCCCGAGCCUCCCUUCCUCACCACCGCCUGGUCCUUCAUCAGCACCUUCUUCACCUCCCUCAUCCCCGACGGACGACCCCAAGCGGCCAACUAGGCAGACACCCCCCCCCCCCCCCCCCCCCCCCCGCUCUCCCCCUACCCCCCCCUCCCUCUGCCAGCAGGUACCGCUCUACAUGAGGUAUCACCUGAAACAUUCAGAUACACUUUUAUCAGAGACAGCCCCAGCCUGUCGGAUACGAUCCACCGACAUGCUGCCAACAAAUGGACCCAUGUGUAACAUAAAGCUCCUCUGAAGCGUGAGGGCAGCCGCAGUGUGAGUCGUGUGGGAGAAUAAAGGAAUAUAUAGGAAGUUAAUCUCUCGUUGUGUCGAUGGAGUAAGUGCUGCCGCAGUUGUUUUCUUUCAUCGAUCGUGAACCCGUUGGGAUGUGGUGAUGUAGGUGAGGGAGCUGUCUUCCAUUUUAAGCUUCAGAAACUUUUAGACAAAGGGAUGUGACCCCCCCCCCCAAACACACACACACACCAAAAUCAGGAAUCCCCCUGAAAAGAGAGGGAGAUUUAUGAGUAACCAAUCACAUCCCUGCAGGCGAUGUGCAUAAGGACAUUGCAGCUACUGAAGCACAUUGUUUUCCGACUGUGUAUUUGAAACUUAUUUACACAUGUAAGUAUAUGCAUCUUUGAUUCCUGAACAUAUGCUUUUUUUGAAUAAAAAUGUUGCUGCGGUUA